AACUUGAAGUAAUUUUAUUGAUAAUAAUUCGCGAAUUCAGGGGGUUCCUCGUAAAAAUUGAAAGCACUGUUUACUCACAUGUCCUUAGUGAACAAUCUAAUAUCAUCAAUCAUGAAUAUGAAUGACCGAAUACUGGAGAAUUUGCGAAGCAUUAAGUGAUGAUAACAUUGAUUCAUUUUUUAUGAUUCUGUAAAAAACAAACAAGAAUAUCCAUCGACAAUUAUACGCCUCAUCAACGGGGGUAUAAAAUGUGGUCGUUUCAUCUCGAUUGCCUUCAGUACCUCAUUAGGCCUGCCACCAGAGUGUUGGAAGAAAAUUCGAGUAAAACUGUCUCAUUUUAUAAAAUGGAUAAAUUCUUAAUCAUCUGUUUUAACAUUGUACUGAUUGGUUCAGUAUUAUGCGCUGAUGUUCCUUCGUACAUACAAAUUUGUGGUCGUAAAAAUCCAAAGCUGAAUGAGUGCGUGAAAAAUAGCGUUGAGUCCCUCCGCCAGAAAUUACGCGAGGGAAUGCCAGAGUUUGGAAUUCCAUCGGUGGAGCCAUUAGAAAUUCCAGCUGGAAUCGACAUAGCUGAGUCGGAAGCUUUCCAAGCGUCAGCAAGAAACGUCAAGGUUUACGGAAUCUCCGACUUCGACAUAAAAAGCAAUGACCUCAACAUUGAAAAAAAAACUCUUGAUCUCAAUCUAUUCUUUAAAAAAUUGCGCUUCGAGGGAGAUUACAACGUCAGCGCCAGGAUCAUCGUACCAAUCAAUGCUGUGGGACCAAUUGUCAUAGAUGCUGAGGAUGUCUUGGCCAAAGCAUCACUGACCUUCGAGUUUAAGGACAAAAAGGAUGGCCCACAUAUGGUAUUCACAUCGAUGAAGUGCAAAAUCACAAUUGGUAAUUACGAAUCUCGGUAUAUUCCCACACCAGGACAGGAUUCAACAUUCGCUGAAGCUGUUAAUAGUGUUCUGAAUGGCAGCAAGCAGGAGAUUAUCAGCAGUAUUUCCUCCAGCAUUGAAAAAGCCACUUCUGAAAAGGUCCUCAACCUUGGAAAUAGAGUUGGCAAAAGGUUCACAUUUGACCAACUCAUGCCAGACAGAGAGUAAAUCAUGAUUCUGAAUUUUAAUGACGUUUUCUGGCUCAUCUGAUGCAGUUUAACGUUCCACAAAAAUUAUUUUUGAUGGAAUAUUUUUUACGAAUAUUUAUCUCAAGGAAAUGGUAGAGAGGAAAUAAAGAGUUAAUUAUUAUUUA